CUAUCUAAGACUCUUAAAACCCUAAUUUACUCCCUGCUCUACAACAGCUGCAGACAUCUCUCUAUAUAUAUGCAUAUGUACCUGGGCACCGAAGGAGAACCGUAAUUCGUCCAGACUCGAAACACUUGACAACAAUGUCGAAGCGAGGGCGAGGUGGGUCGGCGGGGAACAAGUUCCGGAUGUCGCUGGGUUUACCGGUGGCGGCGACGGUGAACUGUGCCGACAACACAGGAGCUAAGAAUCUUUACAUUAUAUCGGUGAAAGGGAUUAAGGGCCGGCUCAAUCGGCUGCCGUCGGCUUGUGUUGGAGAUAUGGUGAUGGCUACUGUGAAAAAGGGGAAGCCUGAUUUGAGAAAGAAGGUUAUGCCAGCUGUCAUCGUGAGGCAGAGGAAACCAUGGCGCCGAAAGGACGGGGUUUAUAUGUAUUUUGAAGAUAAUGCGGGUGUCAUUGUGAAUCCUAAAGGUGAAAUGAAAGGGUCUGCUAUUACUGGUCCGAUAGGGAAGGAGUGUGCUGAUCUGUGGCCCAGGAUUGCUAGUGCUGCUAAUGCCAUUGUUUGAGAUUUGGUCUGCCUUGUCACUUUUAGUUAAACUUUGACAAGUACGAGAUUUUGUAUGAUAUUUUUUGUGUGUGAAUGGCAGUUGGCUUUGCUGAAACUUGAAACUCUCUAGCUCAAGUAUUUUUCCCUUUUUUUUUGUUUUUAAAUAUUGUUCAGUUCCCUUUUGUCUGAACAGGCAUUCCCAUGGUUUGCAAAACAAAAAGUCUAGCUGUGAAUUUGGAAGGAAUUUAAAACUGGUAGUAUUAUAUAGAAGUGGUGAUUCAGAGGAUUUGCUUCUCA